AUGACAUUGCCUCCCGUGAGCCCUCCCGUGUCGAACUACCUCCCAUCCGAUUCGUUCCAACUCCUACCGGAAACCGAAAAACCCGGCGCAGCGGAGGAUGCUCUCUACGAACAGCAGAUUAAAGAUGUUGAGGCAUGGUGGGCAUCGCCUAGAUAUGAGGGCAUCAAGAGGCCAUACACUGCUGCAGAUGUCGUAUCGAAACGCGGAUCCCAGAUGCAGACAUAUCCCAGUUCUCUCAUGGCAAGAAAGCUUUUUAACCUGAUUAAGGAAAGGGCAGCAAAAGGAGAGCCCAUACAUACUAUGGGAGCUAUCGAUCCAGUACAGAUGACGCAGCAAGCGCCACAUCAAGAAGUCCUCUAUAUCUCUGGCUGGGCUUGUUCAGCUGUCCUCACCACCACAAACGAAGUCUCACCGGAUUUUGGCGAUUAUCCCUAUAAUACCGUCCCCAAUCAGGUUCAGCGCCUCGCAAAAGCCCAGUCAAUGCACGAUAGAAAGCAAUGGGACGUGCGGCGAAAGUUGACACCGGAAUCUAGGAAGAACACGCCGUAUAUAGAUUACUUCCGCCCUAUCAUUGCCGAUGGAGAUACAGGACACGGGGGCCUGACUGCUGUAUUAAAGCUGGCGAAGCUAUUCGCCGAGAAUGGCGCUGCCGCCGUUCAUUUUGAAGACCAGUUGCAUGGUGGCAAGAAGUGCGGCCAUUUGGCAGGUAAGGUUCUGGUGCCGAUUGGCGAGCAUAUCAACCGCCUCAACAUCGCGCGCUUCCAGUGGGAUGUGAUGGGCACGGAGAACCUCGUUAUUGCGCGUACCGACUCGGAAAGUGGGAGACUCAUCUCUAGCGCGAUUGACGUACGGGACCACGAAUUCAUACUCGGUGUCGCGGAAGAAGGUAGCGCACCUCUCGCAGAGACUUUGCAGGAGAUGGAAGCUGCUGGCGCAUCAGGCUCAGAAAUCGACACUUUUGAAGCCGACUGGGUGAAGAAGACGCGGCUAGUGACCUUCGACGAGGCUGCUGUUGAACAGAUGAAAGCCCAAGGCGUAUCAUCAGAAAAUAUCGAUUCGUACCUUAAAUAUGUCAAGACAAACUCCAAUACCGGUAUUACGAAACGUCGCGAGCUCGCGAACCAGUACGCCGGAAAACCCAUCGUCUUCAACUGGGAUAUACCGCGUACUCGGGAGGGAUAUUACCAUUAUCGUGCGGGUAUGGAGGCGGCGACAAAGCGAGCCAUAGCUUUUGCACCUUACUCAGAUCUCUUAUGGGUAGAGACAGGUGACCCAAAUGUCGAAGUAGCUGCUAAGCUAGGCCGUGCAGUGAGGCAAGUCUUCCCUGGAAAGGGCCUUGUGUAUAAUUUGUCGCCGUCGUUUAACUGGAUGUCUCACGGUUUCACCGAUACGACCCUCAAGUCAUUUAUCUGGGACAUUGCCAAGGAAGGUUUCGUCCUGCAACUAAUCUCACUCGCCGGGCUGCAUAGCACCGCUACAAUCACAAAUGAGCUGGCUAGAGAUUACAAGAAGGAUGGCAUGUUAGCGUACGUUAAUCUUGUACAGCGGCGCGAGAAGGAGCUAGGCUGCGACGUCUUGACGCAUCAAAAAUGGAGCGGUGCUAGUUAUAUGGACGGUAUCGUCGGAGCUGUCCAGAGCGGAAGCAGUGGGAGCAAGAGCAUGGGCGAAGGGAAUACUGAAGGACAAUUUCAUUAA